AUGGGCAUUCUCCAGCUGUGGGAGCAGCUGCGCACCGGCAGUUCCGAGGUGGACUGGUGCGAGAACAACUACACCAUCUUGCCCACCAUUGCUGAGUUCUACAACACGGUGCAAACCGUAGAAAUUCGUUUAAUUCUACUUAUACUGUUUUUGCCACCCAUAUGUAUAUGCUUAUUCUGUCAAUAUGCAACUUUCUUCAACAGUGGAAUAUAUUUAAUAUGGACUCUUCUAGUUGUUGUUGGAAUUGGCUUGGUGUACUUCCAUGCCACCAGUUUCUUGGGUCAGGUGCUAGAUGAGUUGUCCAUUCUUUGGGUGUUGAUGUGUGCUCUGGCCAUGUGGUUCCCCAGAAGAUACCUGCCCAGGGUUUUUCGAAAUGACAGGAGCAGAUUUAAAGCUGCUGUGGGUGUGCUUUCUGGAGUGACUACCUGCCUUGCGUUCAUUAAGCCUGCAAUCAACAACAUCUUAAUGACAUUGGGUGUUCCCUGCACAGCUGUGCUCAUUGCUGAGUUGAAGAGUUGUGAGAACUUGUGUGUGUACAAGCAGGGGCUUUUUUCAGAUCUUUGGAUGUUAGCACUUUUCUGCUGAUUUUGAGAGAUCUGGUCAUCAUUUAACUUUCCAUAUUUACACUGUGUAUGGCACAUUCUCAUUUGUCUUGCUGCUUACCUGGGUUGUGUCUACCUUGCCUACUUUGUUGCUGCCUCUGAAAUCCCCAAACAAGGCCCUGUCAUAAAGUUCUGGCCUAGUGAAAAAUGGCCUUUCAUUGGUGUUCCUUAUGUCACCCUUCUCUGACACAAGAAAUCGCCUGUGAAGAUUACAUGAAGUCAGCCACAUCAUAGAGGGGCCGAUUUUUAUCUUGUUUUUUUUUCUUUGCAGACUGUGCUUGCUUUAUGAUAACUAGGGAUUGGUUUGGUUUUAUUUUUGUUUGCAUUUUUUCUAAUGCACAACACUGACAAAUGUUGUAAUAAGAGGCAUUGAAAGAGUCUUUUCUCCUCCAUGUCUGUACAGUUAGUGCAGUUCGUUCAUGGGACAAGACUGCCACCUUGCAGCAGGCUCUUGCUGGCCACCUAAUGUUGAAGUGGCAGUAGUGUAGUUUGACAGGACUGAUUGCUGCUCUUGUUUUGAUCCACGUCAAAUUGUCUCAAUUUGAAUUGACUCUCUUAAUUGAGCCAAUCACCCACUGAAGUUAAUUGAUGUUUUGGGUAUUUUGUCCAUUUUAAGGACCACAGGAUUUGGUCCCAAAUUAUUUAGAACUGAUCUAGGCAAAUAUUUCUGCACUCACUCUUAAAGGAAACCUAUAAACUACAGAUAUGUGCUCUUUUUUUUUUUGUAGGGAGUUUCAAACGGGAAACUGUUUUUCUAAAUAUUUUGGUUCUUUCUGACUCUUAAGAGCUAGCUCAUAAGUGAAGUCAACUCCAUUGAGUUAAGUUGGAGUUCUGUUGAUUUACACCACCUGGUUCUGCUAUGGGGUGGGGGUGAGGGGGGGUGUCUGAGAGAAACGCACACUUUUUAAAUUAAAUUUUGUGCACUAUCUGUUUGCUACAGUGUUGUUUUGUUAAUCUUUGCUAAUUUCUGAUAUUUGUUAUAUAAUAUAACAAUUGGAUAAUCACUGAUAUUUGUUAGUGAUAUUUGUUAAUCUCUAUCUCCCUUUACUAUCUUGAUACUGUUAGUGAAUACUCAACCUUGUAAUACCGCUCAGGUUUUAAAACAGUCUUAUUACCAGCUUUUUCAUCUGGAUGGUUUUUCAUGCUGGAGCCUAAAUCAUUUUCAUAUUGUCUGAUAAAUUUCUAGUUCCAACAAAGUCUUUUUUAACACGGUGUACCAAAUUGUUUUGUAUGUUGUAAAUAAGUUUUUUGGUAUUGCUUGUGAACCCCAGUAAUUACUUGUCUCACGCUACCAGAGGUGACCAAGAUGAAUGUCGCUUAAGACUUUAUUAACAGAAUGAAAACAAACUUUCAUUGCUUUAUCUGUCACAUCUUACUUUCUGUGGUGCACAACACAGCAUAACAGCUCGCUAGGAAGGUGAAUGCCACUGUGACUUCCAAGCACUCGGUUCACACAGAAGUGUAUGAACGCAAGCGUACUCUCUGUUACUAAACGAUUAAUUUACUGUAUCUGUAAUAGGUGAAGAGAUCAUUCAACUGAUGAUGUACAAAUUCCAUUGUGGAACAUGCAGCGUAAUGCUGCAGUGUUCUACUAUAACGAACAUUCAGUCCACCUUGUUUGAAUACUGACUUUUCUGAGUGUAACAGUUGCAUUUUUAGAGACAAUUUAAUUUUUUAUCUCUUGCAUUAAAGCCCAGGUGCUAUUUAUGUUUUUAUUGUGAUUUGUAGAGUUAAGACCAAUAAUGAAAACUGGGCUCUAAACAUCAAAGUAAUAGAAAAAUCAUAACUGAGAUUUUAAACUAAGGCUCUGAUUCAAGAAAGCAUGGAAGCACAUAAUUAACUUUCACCAUGUGCUUAUGUGGCUUCCUGAAUUUGGGCGCCUAAGACUCGAAAUCCCACAAACGGUUAAGCACAUGCAUAACUAGUCAUAUUUGGUGUGUUAAGUGACGUGUGUGUACAGGAUUAGCAUCUAUGUUGCUGGGAGGUGACUAGAAGCUAUGUUUUUAGAUUCAGUUUGUGUGUUGUGGCAUAUUGGGUAGAAUGUGAAAAUAUUAUGGCUGCCUAUUUGUAAGGUAGAACUAUUUUAAUAGUAUUUAAUAUCAUACAUCUUUCUCUGUGUGAAACUUGCAUUAAGCCAUAUGGAUUUGAAAGGAUCAACUUUGUUCAGCCCCAAGGUGGAUACACAUUUACAUGCAGGCAGGUGCGUGUCAGGUACUUCUGACAGGCACAUCCCAGAUGUAAAAGCCCACUCCCUUGAUUCAUGCACACCUGUAAUUCUAAAUGCACACUCACCCAGAUGUGGAAGGUUCAUGGUCUCUAACAAUGAUACAUGUACUGUUUUUUGUUUCACUUGAGUUCUGUGUAUUGAAACUUUAUAUCUUGCAUGUUAUACCUUGCACUAUUAAAUUAAGUUUAG